AUGGAUCGCAUUGAAUCUGCGGAGGCGGCGGCCUCUCCUGAAUCUCGUCCCUCCCCAAUGUCCGGUAAUGUUAGAAAUGCGUCUGUAGCCGGGCGAUCGCGAAGGCCGAGUAUACGGGUGCUACGAUUCCCCUCUAGUUCUGAAAACUCGGAGACGCUUCGAACCAACCCACAGAACGACAGCCACAGACAUAGACAAGAUGUGCCGGAAAUUACUACCCGUCGUCGAAGUAGCUCGGAUCCCCGGCCAUUUGUCAACCAUGGGACUGAUGUAGCUCCAGCUGCGGUAGGAGGCUUAACACUUAUGCCUUCGUUGGUAGAGGAGCCUUCAAAUGAAGAGACUGUCCCGCAAGGAAGUGCGCUCUCGCCUCCGCGUGGUAGUUUAGAGAGAUUGCGGAGGACGAGCGCUGCUGCAAUUUCUUCCCUGGGGUUAACUCGUGCUGCCACAGUCAGUGGACAUGAAGUGGGCACAAUUGAAGACCAAGUGGUUGAUCUUCUCGACGUUAUUGACCCUGAAAUAUCUACUCUCACCACCCUUACGAAUGUUCAAAAUUCCCUUUUCGUACCCGAUCUUGGGCGGUUUUUAAACCGGAGACCGUCAUACCUGUUGACUCCUCGAGCUGAAGGAGCCCCCAAACUGGAAGAACCUGAGAGUGAUCGCGAAACACUCGAAGGAGAGGAUACAGAUAUUUCAGAACGAUUGCGUUUACAGAGCACUAGUUCAACAGUGAUCGAUGAACUCUGUUUCGCGGUCUUACCCGACGGAGCAACGCUGGCUGGUUGGAGUGAGGUAGAUAAGUUAGAGCUCAAUGAUCAUGUUAGACACAUGCUUCAUUCGCGGAGGUCUAAGUUCAAACGGUCAAUGAAGGGGUUCGGGCAGUAUGUCCGGAAACUCACGCUUUAUGCGACACUGAUUACCCUUUUUGGACUCGCCUGGGUCUUGUUCCUGAUAGGAUGGAUCAAUGUUGGUGGCCGUCAGCUUUAUAUCAUCAACGUCAUAGACAAUGUUUUAGUCGCUUUAUUUGCCGUAGUCGGAGACGGAUUAGCCCCAUUUCGUGCAAUAGACACAUACCAUAUGAUUUUUAUCGCGCGCUACGCCCACAUGACAUGGCGUUUGCGCAAGGAAAAAGCACUUCCCAAACUACAUAAUAAAAAUGACCUUCCGAAGAAAAGAAUAGACGACGCAAACCAACAAAUCGACAUGGAGAUGAGUGCCGCUGACGAAGUUAGUGACGAAAAACCCAACGACGAAGCCGAACAGCAGGAAUAUUCCGUUCUCAACGCAAAACAACAGAAGAACCUUGAACACCACCAGAAGAAACUUUCGAGAUCACACACAUUUUACAAACCGCACGAAACAAGCACCCACACAGCCUUCCCCCUUCGCCUCUUGAUUGCAAUUGUCGUGCUGCUGGACUUCCACUCCAUAUUCCAGAUAGCGUUGGGCGCAUGCACAUGGGGCAUCUAUUACAAGGUCCGCCCAUUCGCCCUUACAACUGUAAUUCUCUGCUGCUCGAUUACGUGUAACGUAAUGGGUGGUGUUUUGAUUUGGGUUGGCGACCGUCGGUCGCGAAAGAAAGAUGUUAUUGAAAAAAUGUUCCGGCAGGAGUUGACACAGGAGGCAAUGAAGAAGGUAGAUAAAAGAAGAAGAAAGGAUAGAAAAAGAGAGAGUAUGGAUGAGAGACGGAAAGUAUCACAUGAGGGUGAAAGCGGAGGAUAG